CAACAUUGCUGCAAAUAAUAUCUACUCCUGCUCGUCACAGUCAGUGCUAGAGAUUGGAGAACCUCAGCGCUUAUCCUACUAGCACUAGCCAGAUCGAUCGAGUUGAGUUACGAGUUAGCAACAAGCAAUCAAGCAUGGCAACCAUAUCUGGGAUGAGCAGCAGCAACAGAGUGUUGGGCAAGGCAUUAGAGUCGCAAAACGGGCAAGCCUUUCAGCCGCCAUGCCGCCUAAACAACCCCCUUUGGGUUUGGAAGAGGUCCAAAGGAUUCCGCCCGGUGGCUGCCGCACCUGAUAGCCUCUCAGAGAAAGUAGCGGAGAGCGUGAAAAAUGCAGAGCAAACAUGCGCCGACGACCCAGUUAGCGGAGAGUGCGUGGCAGCUUGGGAUGAGGUGGAGGAGCUCAGCGCUGCUGCAAGCCACGCCAGGGACAGGCAAAAGGCUAACUCAGAUCCUUUGGAGAAUUACUGCAAGGAUAACCCCGAGACCGACGAGUGCCGCACCUACGAUAAUUAAAUUACAUCUUUCAUCUGUUGCGUUGCGUUGCGCUUGCUGGCUGGAUAGAUAUACCCUUCCUUAUUAUGAACUACUACUACUUGAUCUAUCCUUGAAUAACUUUUACUCUGUAUGGUAUGAUUUCUCAUUUUUUCUUCGAUUUGUGGCUUCUCAUCAUUAUUACUCCAAAUACUUGGAACUUCUCUAUGGCUAUUUAGUAUUUUGUUACCAUUAAAGAAAAAACCAUAC